ACGUUGCUCUAGCGAAUAUGAUAGGGUUAAGUUCAUCGGCCAUCAGCUGAAAACUGUCGCCGUCGUGAAACAAGACUUCAUGUGUCAAAAGUAACAAAAGUGUGACGUAACCUUCGUGUUGUGCGUCCAAGGGGCCAGAACACUGCUGUUCUACUCCCAGAACUACCAGAAAAUGAAUAUGCCGAAGUGACACCGACGCAGUAGUUGAGGAACAAACUUUUUUUUCGCUGUCUCGCACUGCGGUAGCCUUCGUAACCUUGGCACCUUGGCGUGAUAAUGUCGACGAAACUGGGAGAACGCUGUGAAAACGGCGACGACGAUGACUCGGACCCAUCAGACACCGAGGGGGAAGAAGAGCGGGUGCGGCUCUGGCAGUACACCCUUGGGCGGCGGUCUAGCAAGACUGAUCUUGGCGAGCUCUGUAGCACCCUUUCGCACUGGAGUGGUCACCGUGACUGGGCACGGGCAGUUUGCACCUUGCUGCCAUCACGCCGCCGGAGCACUGUUUAUUCUGGGCGGUUUGCUGCUGCAACCCUGCCAGCCAUGUCGAGGGCAUCCAUUGAAGACCCGGACACUUUAAUUGUACGACGGCAGUUGUCCUCUGCUACGCAUAGACGGCGAACUGGAUCCAGCUGCUUGAAUCGUGCCCUGAGUAUGCGUUCGCCAGGUGGCCUCGAUGCUUAUGAUUCUGUGUUUGAAUCCGGACUGGAGGAAUCACUGAGUGAGGAGGAGCAAGCAGAAAUGCGAGCUGCCAUUCGGAGCCUCCCUGUGCCCCUGGCAAUGCGCCGACUCUUCCGAAAUCAACUGCAGAGGUCGCCACCACAUGAAGGGGAGAAAUUCGAUGCCUGGAACUUGAAGAGCUUCAAGGCAAUGAAGAAAGCCUCAGAACUUGGCAGGGACAUCACUGCGUGGCUCACGAUGUGGUCAAGUUCACUCAAAACCAUUGAAGGUCACUUUGGCACUGGGGUGGUGUCGUACUUCCUUUUCCUGCGCUGGCUACUGCUGCUUAACGUUCUCAUGUUCGUGCUGCCGGCACUGUUCAUUGUCACCCCGCACUGGAUUCUGCCGACUGUGUUCGAGCCAAAUGAAACUAUGGCCUCCACUUCAGUUACAGGCGUGCCGACACUGCCAUCAACAAUGGCAUGGUCAGUAAGGCUGUCUCGACCAAACCAGCUUUCCGAAGAAGCAAUGAGCGAUAUCUGGGAACCUGGCAACCGCACCUUGAAGAAGAUGCAGCAGUGCUAUGACGAAUACUACCUUCUGGUGACCAGCCAGACCAAGGGGGGCAUCUCACCGCUCCAGGACUUCCUCCAAGGAACGGGUUGGUUGGAACUGACAGCCCUGUUUGCUGGUCGCUACAUCAACUCCGUUGACCACAUCGCAGGCACCAAGCUUCGCUACAAUUUUCCCCUGGCCUACGUGUUGACCAAUGUUGCCUGCUUCGUGCUCUGCCUGCUUCUUAUGGUUCGAUACACAACAGCUGGAGUUCGGGAGUCGCUGCUGGUGUCGGAAGGGAAGCUGCACCGGUACUGCAACAUGGUGUUUGCCUCGUGGGACUUCUGCAUCACCGACGAACGAACUGCACGACUGAAGCAUGUCAGCAUCGUUCAGGAGCUCAAGAGUGACCUGGCUGAGGAGCGGCGCAGAGCAGAGAUUGCCAGCUGGACUCGGAGCAAGAAAGUUGGCCUCUUCAUUGUGCGACUCUUGGUCACUUUAGUGGUUGCCGUCGUGGUGGGCUCUCUUUUUGCUGUCUACCAUGCAACCAAAUUCUCAUUUCAGAGGCAAUCUCAGGCCCAGACCACCCACAAGACCCUCGCACUGGUGAUUCAGUUCGUGCCUUCGCUGGUCAUCACGGGCCUCAACAUCAUAGUACCUGCACUUUUCUCCAAGCUUAUUCGGCUGGAGAACUACUCGGUUGCAUAUCAGGUCAAGCUAACCUUGCUCAGGACAGUGUUCCUGCGCUUCACAUCCAUCUUCGUUCUGCUGGUGUCUCUGUCCAAGCAGAUCAACUGCUCCCCUGUCAGGGAGGACAACUGCCUAGAAGGUGACGGGGAUUGCAAGAAGCCAAUAUGCUGGGAAACAGCUGUUGGUCAGCAGAUCUACAAGCUCACCAUGCUGGACUUCAUUGUAGGAGUGACUCUAGUCUUUGUUGUGGAGUGCCCGCGAAAGUUGAUAUUCACUCGUUGCCAGUGCAAACUGGCAAAGGUGAUUGGCCCGCAAGAGUUCAACAUUCCAAAUAGGGUCUUGGAUCUCGUCUAUUCUCAGACACUUUGCUGGCUUGGGACUUUCUACUGUCCGUUCUUGCCUGCCAUCACCUUCAUCAAGUACUUCAUCAUCUUUUAUGUACAAAAGUUCACACUGAUGAACAACAGUGCGCCAUCUCAAACACCGUAUAGGGCUUCUCGGUCCAAUACAUUCUUUGUUAUCGUCCUGUUGUUGGCUCUGGUCUUUGCUGUGAUCCCAUUUGCCUAUGCCUUAGUCGAGAUACAGCCAUCGCUGUCGUGUGGGCCAUUCCAGAAGUUUUCUUUUACCUGGAAGGUGGUGCCUAAUGUAAUAAAUUCGUGGAAGGAUCAUCCGUGGGGAUGGUAUGUGGUCAAGGCAGUGGACUUCCUGACCAGCGUUGCUUUUGGCGUGCCUGUGGUCGCAGUGUUAGCAAUCAGCAUCUACUACUACUAUUCAGUGGCAGCUGCGCAUGCUCACAUGGAAAAGGUUCUCAAGGACAAGCUUGUCCUUGAAGGAAAGGACAAGCAAUUCCUUCUUGCUAGGAUUACCGAAGUUGCACGUCAACGACCUUCUUCAACAGCAUAGCCAUGAAAGCGCUGUUGUGGCCACAACUAUUUGAUGUGACCUGUUCACAUCAAAGCUCGUUUAGUAGCACCACAUAUGACCAAGGCUGAUGCUAUAUCUCAGCUUGGAAUGCAGUAGCAGCUGCAGUUGAAGCCUUUUAAUGCCUGCGAUGAACUUGUAACUGAACGGCACCCUGUGUGGCCUUGACUUCAAGGCCUCAGGCGGCAUGUGCGUUUGUACCUAUACUGCGUUUCAUGGUUGUUUCUGUCGUUUCGUGCAAGUUCCUUUGGAUAGGUUUGGCUGCUGCAACUGUGUUUUAAAAUGGAGCAGGGUGGGGUUAACUUGCUAGAUUGCUAUUUUAUGAUCUGUAAUUUCUGUCCGGAGCUCUCUGGUCGAAACGAGGCAUUUUGUACAGCAGGCUCAGAGUUAAGUGGUGACAACCUAUUUGCAGACUAGUUUGGCCACAUUGCAUAAACUGUUGUCAAGUUGGCCAUAUUUGUGUGGCAUGGCUUCAUAUAGCUGUGACCAACGAAAUCGAUCCUGUAGUUGGUUUCACCUUCGUGUUCAUAGCCGCAUGAAGUUACUUGAGCCUAUUUUCUCAAGCAACCGCAAGUAGGCUUUUGCAGCAUUGUCUG